UAAUAGGAACUUUCUCUGUAAGGUCCAUUUCGAAUAUUUCCAAAUAUUUAAGAAACAUUGGCAUGCUUCAUUUUCUAGAGUGUAGCCCCCUAGCGCCACAAUCCAAUUGAUUCCAGCAGCUCGUGCAUUCCGAGUCCGGCUUUCGAUCCACCAUGUUGCGUUUGAGCUCGCUCCUGACCGUCGCCUUCGCCGUGGUGUUGUCAUCCGUCUCCGUCUCCGCGGAGGUAGUCAACUUCCAGACUUGCGAGGAUAGCGUGGACACCUGUACGAUCCAGCAGGUGCGGGUGACGCCCUGUCCGGAGGCCACUGCCAAUGCCGCAUGCCACAUCCGCCGCAGGCACCGCUUCACGAUGAGCUUCGACUUCACGCCCCACUUCGAUGCGGACACCCUGAAAGCCAACUUGGGCUGGGCCAAGAGCGAGAAUGUGGAGCUGCCACUGCUGAGCAUGGACCGGGAGGCCUGCAAGUACACCACCUGCCCCGUGAGAUCCGGAGUCACCCAGACGUACACCACCACCAUGCCGGCCGAUGCCAGGUUCCCGCUGAGUCCCUACACCAUCCGUUGGGCUCUGAAGGAUCCGGUUUCGCAGAAGCGCUGCUGCUUCACCAUCGACAUCAAGGUGGUGCGCUAGGAAGAAGCUCUGCCAGGGAUGCACCACCAAAUAUUUGGAUUACUACAUUCGUAUUCUUUUUUUUUAUAUAUAAAGGAUUUACGAAAUUAAAGUGUUUUCUAUGUGGGUUAUAAA